GAUUUUGUUAAAUCACAGAAAACAUGGCGGACAGGCUAACACAGCUCCAAGACGCUGUCAAUUCGCUUGCAGAUCAGUUUUGUAAUGCCAUCGGCGUCCUGCAGCAAUGUGCGCCUCCAGCCUCCUUCAGUAACAUCCAGACGGCCAUCAACAAAGAUCAGCCAGCAAACCCAACCGAAGAAUAUGCCCAGCUAUUUGCAGCCCUGAUCGCCAGAACAGCCAAAGAUGUGGACGUACUAAUCGACUCUCUCCCCAGCGAGGAGUCCACGGCAGCUCUGCAGGCGGCCAGUCUACGGCAGCUGGAGGAGGAGAACCAUGAGGCAGCAGCUCGUCUCGAGGAGGUGGUUUACCGCGGCGACAAGCUGCUGGAAAAGAUCCAGAGCGCCCUGGCUGACAUCGCCCAGUCUCAGCUCCGCACCCGCAACGGAGCACCGAGCCACCCUUCACCGGCUGAAUCCUGACCCCACAACAAACAUGAUGCAGUUCUGGACAAUUUUCAGUCAUUUCCCUCUCAUUUUCACUCUUUCUGUUAACCCUCAAACAUCAGCUGCAAGCCUCAAAACACGCAAAUAUGCUGAAUCUGUCUAUAAAGGAAAUGUGAGAUGCCAUACAGUCAUUGAAACAUCAUUUGGUUGCUUAAUUACAGUGUUAUUGUCACACAGAACAUUGGCAUUAGGUACCCGUUGGAAAAGAGUACAAGAAGACGUUGUCACAUACACACUGGUCUGUGUGUGGACCAUUCUGCUGAAAGAAAAUAUUCUUUAUAGUCCAGAAGGCUCUGAUCUAAAUGUGUCACCCUGUCAUGUUUUUUUAUGUUUUAUGUAUAUGUUGUAAAUUGAUGACGUCUGUUUUUGUAGAUAUUUAUGAAUGAAAUGAUUGAAAUUCUCAUUUUUGAGUAUCUUCACUCAACCAACACAAAACUGCUCAGCUCACUGCAACUCCACAACUGAUGAGUCUUUUUUUUGUUUUUAAUAAAGUUUGAACAAAGUA